AGAAACUUCUCUGAAGGCGGAAGUCCGAAUUUUUGUGAAGCUGCUUUCAUGUUUUUAAAGGGUUUUUUUUCUCCACCAUCUCGUCUUAAUCUGCGUAAUUCCGGGGGCCUCGAGGCGGGAGGUGGGAGUUGCGGAGCGAAAUCCUGCCCUGCUAAGAAGUUUCUCUCCAAUUUUCACUUCGCAGCAAUCAGAGCCGCUGAUUUUACUGAGAUCUGGAACGCAGAGUGUUCAAUAGAUUGUCGCCAAUCUCGAAUAUCAGCAGAUUUUUUUCCCUUCAGACCUGAUUUUAGGAAAAAAUGCGGGCACGGAACUUGGAGGUCUCCGUCAUGGGGUCCAUAUGAGUGAACUCAGCUCUAGUUUCUCAACAACGUUUUAAGCUGCCUGAUUCAAUUUGGAGGAACAGACAUGAGUGGCUCCAAACCUGAUAUUCUGUGGGCUCCACACCAUGUUGAUAGAUUUGUUUUAUGUGACUCAGAACUCAGUCUCUAUCGUAUUGAAUCUGCAGUAAGUUCAGAACUUAAAGCAGGAUCACUGCGUUUAUCUGAAGAAACUGCAGCUACUCUUUUGUCCAUUAAUUCAGAGACUCCAUAUUUAAAAUGUGUGGCUUGGUAUCCAAAAUAUGAUCCUGAAUGUCUACUGGCAGUUGGCCAAGCUAAUGGUCGAGUUGUCUUGACUAGCCUUGGCCAAGACCAUAAUUCAAAAUGUAAAGAUUUGAUAGGAAAAGAAUUUGUUCCAAAGCAUGCUCGACAGUGUAACACCUUGGCAUGGAAUCCAUUAGACAGUAAUUGGCUUGCUGCUGGCUUGGAUAAACAUCGAGCUGAUUUUUCAGUAUUGAUCUGGGAUAUAAGUAGUAAAUACAGUCCAGAAAUUUCAAUUGCCACUGAAAAAUUAAGGCUUUCAAGUGAUAUUGAAUCAGGAUUAGUUGUAACAAAAUCACUAUAUGAAUUAGGUCAGAAUGAUGCUUGUCUUUCUCUUUGUUGGCUUCCACGAGAUCAGAAACUUCUUUUAGCUGGAAUGCACCGAAACCUGGCUAUUUUUGACCUUAGAAACACAAGCCAAAAAAUGUUUGUGAAUACCAAGGCUGUUCAGGGUGUUACUGUCGAUCCAUACUUCCAUGAUCGUGUGGCUUCCUUCUAUGAAGGGCAGGUUGCCAUAUGGGACCUUAGAAAAUUUGAGAAACCUGUACUAACCCUGACAGAACAACCAAAACCUUUAAUAAAAGCAGCAUGGUGUCCUACAAGAACUGGGUUAUUAGCUACUUUAACCAGAGAUAGUAAUGUCAUCAAGCUCUACGAUAUGCAGCACACUCCCACACCUAUAGGGGAUGAAACAGAACCUACAAUAAUUGAAAGAAGCGUUCAGCCUUGCGAGCACUAUAUUGCUUCCUUUGCUUGGCAUCCAUCAAGUCAAAAUCGAAUGGUCGUUGUGGCUUCUAACAGGACUAUGUCAGAUUUCACUGUGUUUGAAAGAAUAUCUCUGGCAUGGAGUCCAGUUACUUCUUUAAUGUGGGCUUGUGGAAGACAUUUGUAUGAAUGCACAGAAGAGACUAGAUCUUUUGAAAAAGACAUAGCCACCAAAAUGCGCCUCAGGGCUUUAUCCAGAUAUGGCCUAGAUACAGAACAGGUCUGGAGAAACCAUAUUCUUGCAGGAAAUGAAGAUCCACAACUGAAGUCACUUUGGUACACUCUGCACUUUAUGAAGCAAUAUGCUGACGAUAUGGAUCAGAAAUUCACAGGAAACAAAGGAUCUUUGGUUUAUGCAGGCAUCAAAUCUAUAGUGAAAACUUCUAUGGGAACAACAGAGAACUUGAGGCACAGCCGAAGUGGAUCUGACAGACAUGCAGAUAUUAUUCAGUAUACGAGUGAGGAAAGAUCACUGGCUUUGCAGCUUUGUGGAUGGGUAAAGAAAGGGGCAGAUCUGGAUGUGGAACCCUUUCUGUGCUCUUUGGAGCAAGAAGGAGACUGGGAGCGAGCUGCUGCUGUAGCGUUAUUUAAUUUGGACAUCCGACGAGCAAUACAGAUAAUGAACAAAGGAGCAUCUUCUGGCAAAGGUGAUCUAAAUCUCAAUGUGGUGGCUAUGGCAUUGUCAGGUUAUACAGAUGAAAAGAAUUCCUUAUGGAGAGAAAUGUGCAGCACUCUUAGGUUGCAGCUGAACAAUCCUUACUUAUGCGCCAUGUUUGCUUUUUUGACCAGCGAAUCGGGCUGUUAUGAUGGGGUUUUGAAUGAAAGUAAUGUAGCUGUACGAGACAGAGUGGCGUUCGCUUGUAAAUUCCUAACUGAUAUACAGCUAAACAGAUUUGUUGAAAAACUAACAAAUGAAAUGAAAGAGGCUGGAAAUCUUGAAGGAAUCCUACUGACAGGACUCACAAAUGAUGGAGUUGAUCUGAUGGAAAGUUAUGUAGAUAGAACAGGGGAUGUUCAGACAGCAAGCUAUUGUAUGCUGCAGGGUUCUCCCUGUGAAGUGCUCAAAGAUGAGCGAGUUCAAUAUUGGAUUGAAAGUUACCGGAAUCUGUUGGAUGCAUGGAGAUUUUGGCAUAAACGAGCUGAAUUUGACAUCCAUCGAAGUAAGCUGGAUCCUAGCUCAAAACCUUUAGCACAGGUAUUUGUAAGUUGCAACUUUUGUGGAAAAUCAAUCUCUUAUAGCUGCUCAACUAUACCACAUCAAGGCCGAGGUUUCAGUCAGUAUGGUGUAAGUGGAUCCCCAACCAAAUCAAAAGUCACAAGUUGUCCUGGAUGCCGCAAACCUCUUCCUCGCUGUGCUCUUUGUCUGAUAAAUAUGGGCACUCCAGUUUCCUGCUGUCCAGGAGGAUCCAAGUCAGAUGAAAAAGUAGACCUCAGCAAGGACAAGAAAUUAGCUCAGUUCAACAACUGGUUUACUUGGUGUCACAACUGCAGGCAUGGUGGUCAUGCUGGACAUAUGCUUAGUUGGUUCAGAGAUCAUAAUGAAUGCCCUGUUUCUGCAUGUUCCUGUAAGUGUAUGCAGCUGGAUACAACAGGAAAUCUCAUCCCAGCAGAAGUUGUUCAACCAUAGAAGAGAGCUUUUCUAAGAAUUUUCACAACAUCUCUCUAAUACAUAUUCUUCACAGCCCAAAUACAUACCUCAGAAUAAAUUAUUCAUGACUUGCUUAUAAUAGAAAUAUAAAUCAUUUUAUCACAUCAGCAAUUUGUGCACAUGGUUUUUGAUGUGCUUUGCAUAACCAAGUUCUGCUUGACUGAGUUUUUCAAAUGUGUCAUAUGGGUUUUAUUCAGUGGUUUGUAAAGCAGUUCUUUUCAGAAGCUUCAUUGAAAUAUGAAGGAAGACUUAUGCUCUCUGCACCUUGAGACAAAAGAUGAAAUACUGUUGAACACUACCUUUUUAUGAAUUUUAUAAACUUCCAGAAAACUUUUCACCAUGAGGCAAAUAAAUGUGUUUUAGAUGUAUUUUACACCAUUUCUAUUAGUGCUUUUCUUAGAUCUGAGAAAGUUUCUGUAUUUUAUUUGCUCACAGUACAGUAUAGUUUAGCGACAAUCCUAUGACAAUCUUUUGAUUAGCUUAGGUUUUAUUUAGUUUGAAUAAAUAGAUAGUAAAGCUGAAUUUCCGGUUAGUGUGAAUUAUAUUCAUCUGAAUAUUGUUUUGAAUUAGGACACUCAUUUCUAUCACAGAAUUAAAAGUAAUAACAAUCUGAAAAAGUAGUUUAAAUCACUGAUAAUAGUAGGUGCCACUUGCCAUUAUUAUACUAAUGAUUUUUUUGCAACUAAUCUUUCACUGCAAGUGUUUCUCCAUUGAUUAAAAUCUGUUUAACAUACAAUAGAAGCUUUGUAAACAUGUUACCAACAACAAAAUAAUAAAUUGAUUGGAAUAGCAAGUUUAUUUUUGCUGAUAGAAUGAAUUUUUUUUUUACCCCUUGGACAUUUAGUGUUCCCUGAUCAGGAAGGGAUGAAGAUUUUUACUCCUGCAUGAGUGGAAAUUCACUUGGACAUUUGGUAUAGUCUGGCAUACUUGUUAGUCUACAUAUUUUCUAUCAAUUACUAAUACAACAAACAGCUAUUCAAAAUUUCAGUAGAUAACUAGAAACCUCUCUACUUUCAGUGCAAUUUAGUAACCGCUUUAUAUAACAUUUGCCUAAUUGUCAAUUUUAUAUUUUGUAUUGUGCAAGUUAGGGAUCUAAGAACCAUGCAAUAUUUUAAUUCACUUCUUUUCUAUUUCUUGAAAAAAUCUUUUUGAAUGAAAAAUGUUCUUCAGAAACCUAGAUAAUGGGCAGGAAUGAAAGGAAUAUAGAAAAUGUAUUUCUCUCGCUUAUGGAAAUGGCCUCCAUUUGAACCCAGGAUCCAGACAACAUCUAUAUGCCUACUUGGUUUAUAAGGGGAAAAAAUCCUUAAUGGAUAAAGUUAUAUUUAUUUUUAUGUAUAGAGUUUUGUUGCAUAAGAUGUAGACUUUCUCAGACUACUUCCAAUCAAAAUUUUGUUUGAGUUCUUAAUUUUGUUAUAUAUUUUUGGAAUAAUAAAUAACCACCUGGUUUUAAUAAUUAUCUAUUAAGCCGUUAAGAGCAAUUUAGAAACUAUUUUUGUAUCCUUGUAUUUGAAGUACUUGUAUUUGAGGUGCAUGGAUAGUAAAUUGUCUUCUACCCUUAUGUAAAUAUGAAUUGAUAAUAUUUGGGUUUUGAAAAGUAGGGAAUUUCAGUUUUAUUUCAUGAGUAGGGCAUCUUGCACUGUUACUUCAGAGAUAGCCAUGAGAUAUUGCUAAAUAGCUACUCUGAGAACUCCCCUGUCAGCACAAUGGCUAGAGAAUUCUGAGAGUUGAAAUCUAUAAAUUUUAAAAUUGCCAAGUUUGAUAAACUUAGUUCUAGAUUAUCUUCCAGAUAACUUGAGUUUCCAUCUUCCAAAUUCUCAGCUAAAUUCUUCUUUCUCGAAAGCUCUUCAAAAAUCAGCUCCUAAAGAUGUGUCACUCAUUGUAAAACAGUAACUUUGAGAAUUUUUAGUAAGCACUUCAAUUACUUGGAUUCCAUUAAAUACAGCUGUUUCCAUUUUAACUAAACUAAAUGCUUGAUUUGAUUGCGCAGUUUUGACUAUGAUUAUUAGAUUAAGCUUUUACUGUAAAUCUGUAUUGAAAUAUUAAGUUAUACUUCAUUUUUGCUUUUUCAAUAUAUUUUUAAGAUUUAAUAUUAUAUUGAAAAGAAGAGCGGAGCAUCACCUAAGUUUAGAUCAUUGUUAUUAUUAUUUUGCAUUUUAUGGUUGGUAAAUACACACGCACACACACACACACACAAAUUGUUUUGCUGCAUUCAAAGUUUCUUAUUAAAUAUUCAUAUAAUACUA